AUGAUGAUCUAUGAUGCUGAUAAGCCGGUCAAAUUGGGCGUCCUUUACGGCAUAGUCGACAUCACAUACCUCGCCCCGUACUUGGUGGCCGCCGCCGCGACAGCCCUCGUUUACGAUUUCGGACGCGAAUUUGUGACGAUCACGGUUCUGGUUCUCUAUGGCGCCGAUUUGACCCUUCAUCCAGCAGAAAUCUCUGGCUUGCACGCUGAGAAGUUCACUGCGCGCGCCAAAGGAUCAGGGCACAAGGUGUAUGCGUUGUGCGCAGCGAUGGCCAGCGUCACGUCUUCAUCAUUCGCAAUACCGACAACGAAGCCCUCGAACUGGAAGAUUUGCUGA